AAUGCCGAAUACAUUUUUGCAGGAAUCGUGUCAUUGACGUUUGAGGAAACCAAGCUGAAAGUGCCCUGCAACAACUAGAGGCCAGCUCUAGGAUCACUGUCCAGUGAAGAAAAGUAGCCCUGAAAGAUUCAGCAUGAAGGUGAAGAGACUACUCGUUCUGCUGCUGAUCGUCCUGAAAGAUGCUGGACCAACCACAGCGCAAACCUGCAGCAGCAGCUGUUCAGCCACAGAAUGUUCCUGCUGGGACAUGGGCCUCACCAGUGUUCCCCAGGACCUGCCUACAACCAUCACUCGCCUCGACCUGAGAAGCAACGCCAUCACAACCUUAAGUCAGUCUGAUUUAUCAAGAUAUAGAAACUUGCAGUUCCUCCGCAUUACGUACAAUCCGCUCUCUAUAGUUAAUGACGGAACAUUUGAUAACUUGAUCAGCCUGACUGAGCUUAGGCUAGGUAAUCGGUUGAGUAGUAUACCAUCAAACAUGCCUAUAACCCUCACUACCCUUCUUCUGCUUGGCAAUGGCAAUGGCAUCACAAGCUUAGGUCAUUCUGAUUUAUCAAGAUAUAGAAGCUUGGAGAUAUUAAGCUUCAUGUCCCAACAGAUCUUCACAAUUGAAAGCGGAACAUUUCAUCACUUGACUAACUUAACUUCCCUAUCCUUGUUCAAUAAUCGGUUGAGUAGUAUACCAGCUGAAAUAUUUGAGCCACUUGGUAAGCUGGAGGUGUUGAGUCUUGCUUACAAUAAUUUAGCUAGUCUUCCAGCUGACAUAUUUCAGGGGCUUGGGAAUCUGAAGCGCUUGUUUCUUGGCCAAAAUCGGUUGUCAAGUCUGCCAGCUGACAUAUUUGAGGGACUUGUUAAUCUGGACGACUUGAGUCUGGGGGGUAAUCUUAUUACCAGUCUCCCAGCUGGUAUAUUUGAGAGACUUGGUAACUUGGUGAGCUUGACUCUCGAAGGCAACCCCUGGCAGUGUGAUUGCAACAUGCGUCCCUUUAAGCAGACGCUGACAGAGUAUCACGACUUUGCAUACGACAUAGAAUGCGCUGGUCCCGCCAAUCUUGCAGGUCAAAGGUUUCUGGAUGUAGAUUCUGAAGAUCUGAUCUGUGAGAUCCCAGCGUCUACCACGAAACAUGCAGCAAGUUGCAGCAGUGUCAGUGACAGAAUCUUUUGGAAGAAUUGUAUCGCCAUAAAGUUUUGGAAAAAAGCUAAUUGCAGGAAGAUGUGCAAAAAGUGCCUCAAGCAAUGCAGUAAAUGCAGCAAGAAGUUUCGGAAGGUUUGUCCAGAUCAAGGAACACGUCAGAACACAUGUCUCCAAGAAUUCAGGGAGACGUGUUCCUAAACUCUUGAAACACUGUCAUAAGCAAUAAAACAGCUGCUACAGGCUUUAAUAUGGGUGCUGAAAGCGUUAAAUCAGGUAUCACAAGUUUAAAACAGGUGUCACAGGUUUAAAACAGUUGUCACAGGUUUAAAACAGGUGUCACAUACUUUAAGCAGGUUUCUCAAGCUUUAAACAGGUUUCGUGAGCUGUAAAACAUGUGCCUUUAAAAAGGCGCCACAAGCUUAAAGCAGGUGUGGGACCGUGUAGCGCAGUGGCAGUUUCUUCGGCCCGUGACUGAGAGGUUGCGCGGGUUCGAAUCCUAGCCUGGUAUCCAGUCGUAAUAUAGCUCCCG